AUGGAGAAUAACGUUACCAUACGUAACGUGAGUGUGGCGCGAUCUCUUACCUUCUCGCCACAAAUUUCAGACAUAGGGGGACACGGUGAACAUGUGAUUGAAGCUUUGUCUGGUGUGGAGUUACACACAGCUGAUGACAAUGAUAUGAUGAUUGGUGAUGAUGAUUUCUUUGAUGAAGAACUGAUGGAACUAGGCGACAUUAAUCAUGAUAAGCAUGAAGGAGACGAGACCAUCCAGAGGGAGGAUGAGUAG